AUGGCGCUAGGUUGGUGCGAGCCAGUGUCCCGCUGGCGGGACCCACUCCCCCUAGUCCCCGCAGCGUGGCAGCAGCCGUUCCUCAACAUCUUCAGACACUUCAAGGUGGAGGAGUGGAAGCGGUCCUCCAAGGAGGGUGAUGUGGCCGCCGUGCAGGACAAGACUCUUGGGUGCCGUGUCUAUCGGGUCCGGGGCGCUGCCGCUACCAGCAGCUACAUCCAGCUCCCGCAGACCGGCUCCCAGUCCCUGGGGCUCACAGGGCGGUACCUGUACGUGCUCUUCCGACCACUGCCAGCUAAGCAUUUUGUUAUCCACCUGGACGUGUCCACUGAGCAUGCCCAGGUGAUCCGUGUGUCCUUCUCCAACCUCAUCAAGGAGUUCAAGUCCACGGCCACGUGGCUGCAGUUCCCUUUGGUGUGCAGAAGCCAGCGGCCAGGGGAAGGUGGGGUGGGGCCGGCUCCUCCUGGGUCGCGCUGGACCUGUCUGCAGGUGGACCUGCGGGACACACUCCUGGUCUACCUCGGCCAGCACUACAGCCAUCUCAGGGCCGUGCGGCUGUGUGCCAGCCUGCUGGUCAGGAGCCUCUUCACCAGCGACCUGAGCUUUGACCCUGCUAUCACCAUCACCGAGGCCAGGCAUUCCAAGCUGCCCGUCACCCCCAUGCCACGAGAAAUGGCGUUCCCGGUACCCAAGGGGAAGUGCUGGAACGACCUCUACCUGUACCUCCGGUUCCCUGCCUGUGCUCUGAGUUCAUCUUCGCAGCUAUGCCUGAAGGGCCGGUUCCCUCCUGAGACAGCAUCCCAAGGGCCACCACCCCCAUGGCAGCCUGGCCCAGGAGCCCUCAGCAGGCCAGCUCAGCAGCCCUUCCGGGCGCAUGGGGCCCCGAGGCCCAGCCUGAGGGACGCAGGCAGCAGGGGCCAGCUGUGCGCCCACCUGGAGGCGAGCUCUGCCCGAGGAGGGGUCAUGCCCUGUCAGCCGCAGAGCCCAGCUCUGACGGUUGCCCCGCCGUGCCCGGAGCUCGGUGGUGCACCUGCUGAGCCAUCCAGCCGAGAACCUCUGGGCCAGGAGGCAGCUCCGGGCAAGAAACUUUCUCUGCUGGCGAGCUUCCUCCCGGACCCCAUCCUGAGGCUCAAGGGGGUCAUUGGCUUUGGGGGCCCCAGCGCCAAGUGGGCCCUGUGGACCAGGGAUGGGGCAAGCGUCCUGUACCCCUGCCACGCCGUCAUCGUGCUCCUGCAUGUCCAGACUCGAGAGCAGCGCUUCUUCCUCGGCCACACGGACGAGGUCUCCGCCCUGGCCCUGGACGGGAGGAGCCGGCUCCUGGCUUCAGCACAGGCCCGUUUCCCCAGUGUGCUGCGGCUCUGGGAUGUCUGCAGUGCCCGGUGCCUCUGCCUCUUCCAUGGCCCGCUCCACUCCAUGUGCUCGCUCAGCCUCUCGGACAGUGGGACGCUGCUCUGUGGUGUGGGCAAGGACGGACACGGGAGGACCGUGGUGAUGGCAUGGGGCACCGAGGAGGUGGGACAUGGUGGCGAGGUGGCCGUCCUGGCCAAGGUGCACACUGAUGUGGACAUCCAGACCUUUGUGGUGGCCAGUCAUGACGAGACCAGGAUGGCCUCAUGUGGACGGGGCAGUGUGCGACUGUGGCGGCUUCGAGGUGGGGAGCUGCGCCCCUGCCCCGUGGACCUGGGGGAGCACCAUGGCCUGCACUUCACGGACGUGGCCUUUUCACGGGCCCAGGACCAUACGCUCUACGCCAGCAGCCGCAGUGGCCACGUCCUGGAGGUGGACUCCCAGUGCCUGGCCGUGCGGCAGGCUCGCCGCCUAAUGCCUGCGCAGUCCCCUGGCAGCCCAGUGCCGCAGAAGAGGACCUCCGGCUCAGGUCCCGGCAUUGCCAUCAGCUGCAUCAGCGUCUCCCAGACCCUGUGUGCCGUGGGGUCAGAGGAUGGCCACCUGCGCCUCUGGCCCCUGGACUUCUCGGCCGUGCUGCUGGAGACGGGGCAUGAGGGACCCGUUGCCACCGUCCAGGUGAGCCCUGAUGGGCAGCGUGUGCUGUCCACAACCUCCGCAGGCCUCCUGGGCUUCCUGGACGUGGUGGCCCAGGAGUACUGUGUGCUGGUGCGGGCUCACACUGGCCCCGUGCUCGCUCUGGCCACUGAGCACAGCCGUGGGCAACUGGCCACCGUGGCCCAGGACCACACCAUCCGAGUCUGGGAUUUGGCGACUCUGCAACAGCUAUACGACCUGGUGUCUCCUGAGGAGGCGCCCCGGGCUGUCGCCUUUCACCCCACACAGCCCCGCUGCUUCUGUGGCUUCAGCAGUGGGGUCAUGCGUGCCUGCAGCCUGGAAACCCCUGAGGUGCUGCUGGAGCACAGGUAUCACGAAGGAGCUAUCACCAGCCUGGCCACCAGCCCCGAUGGCAACUUCCUUUUCAGCACCUGCUCUCAGGGUGCCCUGGUCCAGUACCACUGUGCUGACCCCCAGUGUCCCGUGCUGCGGGUGGCAGCUGAUGUGGUGUGGCAGGAGGCCAGUGGGAACACCUUGGCCAUCAGCUCGGACAGCCGCCUGCUGGCGUUCGUGGGCCCUUCUGGGCACAUGGUGACCGUGGCAGAUUCAGGCUCUCUGGAGCAGCUGCUGCAGGUGGACAUCUGUGCCCCAGACCCGGCCAGCAGCCACGUGGACUCAGCCACAGCAAUUUGCUUUGGGCCUGCUCCCCCUGGUCACCUGCUGGUGUCCACAUCAUCUGCCACAAUCCUGGUGCUGGACGCUACAUCUGGCCAUAUGGUCCGGGAGCUCUCCGGGAUGCAGCCCCCAGCCUGCUCCUCCCUGGCGCUCAGUGCAGAUGGGCGCUUCCUGCUCAUGGCAGCAGACCGGGCUGUCAAAGUGUGGGACUACUCAGCGCGGGCCGGCCCCCGCUGCCAGGUGUUCAUCGGCCACUCGGCGCCCGUGCGGGCUGUGGCCUUCACCCCUGACCAGCAGCAGGUCCUCAGCGUGGGGGAUGCCAUCUUUCUCUGGGACAUCCUGGCUCCCAAGGAAGCAGCCCCGGGAAGUGCCCGGGCUUUGCUCACAGACCCCGAGCCGCAUGAGGCUGGACCGGGGCCUGGACAGCCCGAGGGCACCAUGUCCAAGGCCAGGGCCCCACACCUGAGAGCACCCCGCCCCACUGCCUGCGGGCCCUUCGCCGCCCACCACGAGGCCUCCAGGCCAGCCAAGUGCGUGUCCUGGCGUCCUGCUGGCGGUGAGCGGCUGCACCUGAAGGCCGUGGUAGGCUACAGUGGCGGCGGGCGGGCCAACCUGGUCUGGAACCCUGACACGGGCUUCUUCGCCUACUCGUGCGGCCGCCUGCUGGUGGUGGAGGACCUGCACUCUGGGGCCCAGCACCAUUGGCUCGGCCACACCAAGGAGGUGUCCACACUGGCCCUCAGCCACAAUGCCCAGUUCCUUGCCUCAGCCUCGGGUUGCAGACCCAGCCCCACUUGUGGCUGCUGUCAGAUUCGUGUCUGGGACGUCCCUGGGGGCUCCUGCCGGCAGCUCCCUGAGCACCAUGACGCUGCAGUGCAGGCCCUGGCCUUCUCGCCCGACGACCGGCUCCUCGCCUCGCUGGGGGACAACUCUGACCGCACCCUGGCCCUGUGGAGUGUGGCCACCGCUGAGCUGCUGGCCUCUGUGCCCCUCCUGGAGCCCAUGCACGGGGUGGCCUUCAGCCCCUGGGACGCUGGCCAGCUGGUGUGUGUGGGCCAGGGUGCCCCCACCUUCUGGCCCCUGCCAAAGCUCGGUGCUGGCACAGUCUUGCAGGCGCACCAAGAACCUCUCUCCGCGGAGGUGGGGGCCGCCGAGCUGACCUCACUGUGCUUUGGAGCUGAGCCCCUGCUCUACUGCGGCUCCAGUGCUGGCCGGGUCUGUGUCUGGGACAUGCAUGCCCGACGCUGCUUCCUGGCCUGGCAGGCGGACGAGGGGGAGAUCGGGCUUCUGCGGUGCUCGGGCAGGUGGCUGGUCAGCGGGAGCAGCUCGCGGCGGCUGCGCCUCUGGGCCGUGGGAGCUGUCCUGGAGCUGUGGCAUGCAGGCAUGGCGGUCAGGUCCAGCUCCUUGGCGAUGGAGCAGGAGCUGAGUCUGGAUGGCGCUGUGGUCAGCGCCGUCUUCCAUGAGAGCAUGGACAUGGGUGUUGUGGGCACCACAGCUGGUACUAUCUGGUUCAUCAGCUGGGCUAAGGGCUCCAGCACGCGCCUCAUCAGUGGCCACUGCAGUCAGGUCAACGAGGUGGCCUUCAGCCCCAGUGAGGCCCAGUGCGCCACCUGUGCCGACGACGGCAGCGUGCGGGUCUGGUCCCUUGCCAGCCUGGAGCUCUUGGUCCAGUUCCGGGUUCUGAAUCAGAGCUGCCUCUGUGUCGCUUGGAGCCCCCUGUCCUGCGGUCGUGCACAGGAGCAGCAGGUGGCUGCGGGCUACGGCGACGGCACCAUGCGUGUCUUCAGCAUCUCCCACACAGCAAUGGAGCUCAAGGUCCAGCCGCACUUGGCCGCACUGACCACUGUUGCCUUCUCUGCCGACGGGCAGACCAUCCUCUCAGGGGACAGGACUGGGCUGGUGGCAGUGAGCCAGCUGUGCACUGGGAUCACCCUGCGUGUGCUGAAUGACCACCACGGUGCCCCCAUCUGCACCCUUCAGAGCACCAGCAAAGAGUAUGGAGCCUUCGGGGUGGAGGGGGCGGACCUGUGGCUGGCUGCCAGUGGGGACCAGCAGGUCAGCAUCUGGGCCUCUGAUUGGCUGCGGGACCACUGCGGGCUUGUGGACUGGCUGAGCUUCCCAGCCCCCAUCCUGGAGGAUCCUGUUCACCUGCCACCAACCCUUGCCACCUUCUGCCCCUGGGACCGGGCACUGCUGGUUUGUGCAGGUCUGGGCAAGUGCCGGGAAAUGAUCUUCUACAGCCUCCAUCAGAAGCAGGUUGUAAAGACCAUCCCGCUGCCUGCCUUUGCCAUGUCCCUGAGCCUGUCCUCCGGCCCACAUCUUGCAGCCAUUGUGUUGGCUGAGCAAGUGCUGUGCCUGGUGGACUGUGGCUCAGGGGCCACACAAGACUUCAUCGCCCACAUGGGCCCCAUGCAGCUCUGCCGCUUCUCCCCGUCUGCCGGACUGCUCUUCUCCGUGGCUCACAGCGAGAUCUUGGUGUGGGAGCUUGUGCCUGCCGCCGCGGGUGUCAGCCCCCAGGAGCACUUGUGACUGGACCCUUGUGGUUGCCGCUGGCACCUUCCUUCACUGUCCCUCCUUGUACAGUUCAAAUAAACAGCCCCUGACAG